AUGUCGGCCAUUGGCUCGCGCGUCUUCCAAACAAUCCAGCCCUUCUCGGCCCAGGUGUUCGGCCUGGGCUUCCUGGCACAGCUGGUGGCACUGGUGCUGCCGUGGGCCGAGGCCGAGGGCCUGCGCCCGGAGCGCGAUCUCCUGACCCCCUUCCAUGUGGCCGUGUCGCUGGUGGCCCUGCACCUGCUGCCGCAGCGCUUCGACCGCCGGGAGAUCCUCGGCGUGGACCCGGCCGCGCGUCGCGAAAUCCGCCGGUGCCUGUACUCCGUGCACAAGUGGCCCUACCUGCUGGCCGGCAUGCUGUGCUUCUCCCUCGGCGCCCUGACCAUUUGGUUCAACAUGUAUGGCGCCCUGCUGUGUCUCGCCGGCCUGGGCCUGGCCUCGGUGGCCCUGAUCUGGAGCCGGCGCAUGGUCCUCAGCGUCGGCAUGGCGGUGGCCACCUUCGGCACCACGUGCAUCAUGUAUGACCAUUGGAUGGCCACGCCGUAA